CAAGGUGUGUGCUAAGCAGUGAAUCUUACCUGUUGCAGUGACAUUCGUCAAAGCCAGCACGGAAAGAGGAACUAAAUAUAUCACAGAUCUCCCAAACAAUGCCAUAGUCUGGACCUGAAGGAAACCAGUUACUGCCACCAAAGGCUGCAAUGAACUAAAGAAAUCCAGAAGACCUAACUCCAGACCUAACUCCAGAAAAUACUUAAAAACAUAAGCCUGACUCCCAUGUCACACAAAAGCAAUGAAAAAUGAAAGGGAGUCAGGACCUAACUAUCUUCUGUUUUUAAGAAGAAAAGAUGUCUGCUAGCAGGACACCUUCCUUUCAUGCUGCACAGCUUACACGCAGUAGGUCAGAAGGAGAUUUGAUUGACUUUGGUGAUGGAAAACCUUCAGCAAGAACCAAUUUGGCAGAUGACAAGAAUAAACUGGAUGUGGAUAUGGACUGGUCUGAUAUAUUCAAACAGCAUACUCACACUGUUUCAAAAACGAAUCCUUUCUGGAAUGAACUCUCAGAUUCCAACCCAUUUGUAUCUGACUUAGCUGAAUCAAAUAGCAGUGAGAAGAAAAAUAAACACAUUUCUAUCUUAAAAGAAGACCCCUAUUUGUUCUCUCGAGAUUCAAGCAAUCGGGAUUCUUUUGCUUCCUCGGGUGAUGAGUUAGAUAUAGAUUUUCUUCUACAAAGAACUUCAGCAAGGAGAUCGGGGAAAUCUAAGAGUAUUUCAGACUUUCUGGACAUUGUUGAUGCCAAAAAAUGUGAUCAUCCUGAAACAGCACCCUCUGGCCAGAUUUUAGCUUUGGAUAAGCAAUGGCUUCAGAAUAAUCGUGAUGCCUACAAGAUGGCUUGGUUAAGUCACCGACAGCUGGCCCGGUCAUGUGUUAAUUUAGAUGUGAUGAGUCAUAGUCCAGGAUGGGCACAAACACAAGCUACAGAUACUCAUAUAGUCUGUAAGAUGAAUCAUGAAGGGGGUUCAGUGCAACUGCCAAACUCUGAUAUCACUAUUCACAUCCCAAAGGGUCAUGUAUUAUCUGGGGACUUCCAAGAGAUUGGUUUAAGGGCUAUUCUUAGUCCUCCUGCAUCACUGAAUCAUGAACUUUCAAACACUGUGAGCCCACUGUUAGAACUUACAUUAAGUAACCUCAACACAAUGGAAGCCAUUUUACUUGAACUGAAAGUUGCAGCCAAAGUGAAGAAUGAGCCUUUCAGUCAAGUGAUGACUGAAAUUGUGUGUUUUUACAGUCCCAAAAAAGAAGGACCUUUUGGAAAAAUAGACAACUGCUACAUUUAUGAAGACACAAUACAAGUGAAGCUGACAAAUCUAAGUCAUGUGAUGUACAUGGUGAUUGCAGUACAAACAAACAAAAUUCAGUCUUCAGCUGUAACCAUUUGGAAUUAUAUCCAUAGAACUGUCUCUGUUGGAAUUUAUGGGCCCAAACAUAUUCAUCCUUCUUUCACUGCUGUUUUUACAGUUUUUGGUCAUAACUAUAUUCCAGAAAAACUCACCAUUUUUGACAUUCAAAAAGGUGGGAAGACCAUGCCUCCAAUUGUGUUUCAGCUGUGGGGAAAAAAUACAUUUUUACUUGACAAGCCACAAGAUCUGAAUAUUUCUUUGACAUCCUGUGAUCCUGAUUUUGAAGUGAAGGUGCAAAAUCAAAGCAAAGGAAUUAAAGAAGAACAGUUGAAAGCAGGUACAAUGGUCCACAAACAAUUUCUGUUUUCUGUCCUGGGAAUGAAGGAAAUAUAUGCAUUUGUUUUCCUUGUUCAGAUUAAAAUUUCAGACAAUACACUAGUGACUGAGUUCCAUGUUAGCACUCCUGAUCCAGCUCCAAAGUUACCUGGGGUGACCAGUAAGCCGAAGCGUAUACAGAAACGCAAAGAGAUCAAAUCUGCUCCUUUCCUCUUCAUGUCAACAGUUAAAUAUCCAAAGUUUCAAGAUAAGACUUUGAAUAUUACUACCUAUGGAGUGGCCUUGAAAACUGUUUUACGUCAGAAUAAGGUUGACUACUUACUAGAGUAUUUUAAAGGAGACACAAUUGCACUUCUUGGCGAAGACAGAGUAAAAGCCAUGGGGCAGACUAAAAUAAAAGAAUGGUAUGUGGGUGUUCUUAGAAAGAAGAUUGGUCUUGUGCAUUGCAAAAACAUCAAGGUAAUUCCGAAGGAACAAGCUAUUGACAUUACUGAAAGUGUUAUGGCAACAAGGAAUCUUCUUGAGCAAAUUGCACUGCCUUUUAAGAAACUGACCUACAUCUAUUCAGUAGUCCUAUCUACUGUAUCAGAGAGAGUUUAUAACUGGAGAGCCUUGGCUGACGUACUAGGAUAUUCACAUAUGUCACUGGAUGUUUUCAGUGAGGUACAAGCAGAGAAAGAGUCAGAAAGAGUUGCUUACAUGGUGAAGAAAUUGAAGGAAGACUGCCAUUCAAACAGAAGCAAAAGGCAAUUUCUUUAUGAGCUCGUUAUUGCCCUUCUGAAGUUAGAUUGCCAAGGAUUAGUAGCACGUAUAACCCAGGACACUGUCAUUUUGACCGCAGCUGUCAAGCUUGGCAGAUACUGGAGAGAGCUGGCAGAAAGGUUAGCACGACUCACAAAGCAACAAAUUGAAGCUUAUGAAGUCCCACACCAGGGCAGAAAUGGAGAAGUUGCCCCAGAGAUGAUGUGGAAACCUGCAUAUGAUUUUCUAUACACAUGGGGUGCCCACUAUGGCGACAGCUACAGAGAUGUAUUACAAGACCUCCAGCUGGCUUUGGACAAAAUGAAAAACCCUGUGACUAAAGACUGGAGAGCGUUAACUGGAGCUUUGAUCCUAGUAAACUGCAUGGAAGUCCUAAGGGCAAGUGCUUUCUCAAAGAUAAAAGAGGAACCCUGAAUCCUCUCAAGGAAGAUCUUUUGGAGAAUUAUCCUGCUGGGUUUUAUACUCUUUAAUUAAUUUUUUUAAAUCUCUGAUUUUACAAAAGAAAAUGGAACGAGUCCUUUCAGUUUAACUUUUUUCUGUACAGAAACCUCAACUGCCCAGGGCCAGAAGGGAAAGGCCUGAAGGGCCCUUACUGAAAGUUGUAAAAUAUUAUGAGAACCACAAUGACAAAAUUUUUGGAUGAAUCAGCAAAUUCUAACUAAAAUAUUUUGCUGGAAUUUUUCUGAUCAGUGUUAUAUGGGGUUUCAGUACCUCU